AUGGUCAAUUGGUCUGUACUGAAAAGAACCGUAAUGUCUGCAGCAAACUCUAAAGUGGUUCAACCUAAGUGGAUUAAUCCGGCACAAUGUUCUGAAAGGACACAAGCCCCUGUGCUCAAGUUGUAUAACAGUUUGACUAGAAGUAAAGAAGUAUUUGCACCUUCUUCUGGUACUAAGACAGUUAGUUGGUAUUCAUGUGGCCCCACUGUCUAUGAUGCCUCGCACAUGGGCCAUGCUAGGAACUAUGUUUCUAUUGAUAUCAACAGAAGAUUGAUCCAGAAUUACUUUGGUUAUGAUAUUCAGUUUGUUCAGAACGUCACAGAUAUUGAUGACAAAAUUAUCAUUAGGGCAAGACACAAUUAUCUGUUUGAAGAAUUUGUAAAGCAAAAUGACUCCGAGACUCCUUUAAAUGAAUCUGAUGAGAUAGUGAAGAAGGCUAAUGAUGCGACAAUAUCAUACAUCAACAAAAACUUAGCAGAUGUAUUGGGAUCAUCCCAAGAGUCUGUAAACACCUUCCUUGUGGCAGCUGAAAAGGUAAACCACGAGGAGGCUAAGUUAAAGGACCCUAAAUUCCCAAUGCAUAUGACAAGUGUCCAGAAUGCUAUUUCAGCUUUAUCUAAUGUAUCUAAAUUGCCAAGAAGAAAAUUCUUUGAUGGUGUGAAAGAUGUUUUGGUUCCUGUAUUGGAUAAAGAGUUGGGUUCCACCAUCAAUGAUCCUGAAAUCUUUAGAAAACUGCCUGCUUAUUGGGAGAAACAGUAUGACAGCGACAUGGCAGCACUAAAUGUGAUUCCACCAAAUGUGACUACUAGGGUUUCCGAGUAUGUCCCUGAGAUUGUAUCUUUUGUAGAGGAUAUUAUUAAUAACGGUUAUGCUUAUGCCACAAAUGAUGGGUCAGUAUACUUUGACACAGUAAGAUUUGACCAAAAUGAAAAGCACGACUACGCAAAGUGUCAGCCAUGGAAUAAAGGUAAGUUGGACUUGAUUAACGACGGUGAAGGUUCAUUGAGUAACUUUGACAACAACGGUAAGAAGUCAGCUAACGAUUUUGCCUUAUGGAAAGGAAGUAAGCCCGGUGAACCAGCUUGGGACUCACCUUGGGGUAAAGGUAGACCAGGAUGGCAUAUUGAGUGUUCAGUCAUGGCCUCAGAUAUCCUGGGUUCCAACAUUGAUAUUCACUCUGGUGGUAUUGACUUAGCAUUCCCUCAUCAUGACAAUGAACUUGCUCAAUCAGAAGCCAAAUUUGAUAACAAACAAUGGAUCAAUUACUUUCUACAUACAGGACAUCUUCACAUUGAAGGUCAAAAAAUGUCCAAGUCAUUAAAGAAUUUUAUCACAAUUCAAGAAGCUCUACAAAAGUACACCCCACGUCAAUUGAGAUUGGCUUUUGCAUCUGUUCCCUGGAAUAACCAACUAGAUUUCAAAGAAAGCUUGAUUCAUGAAGUUAAAUCAUUUGAAACAUCCAUGAACAACUUUUUCGCCAAUGUUAGAGCUCAUUAUAAUGACUAUAAGUCAAGUCUUGAAGAUGACUCUAUCAUUGUAAGCAAAAAAUUAACUAACUUGGAAAAAGAUCUAUUGGAAGAGUUCAAGAAAUCUCAGGAAAAAGUACAUGCUGCUUUCUGUGAUAACUUAUCCACCGGUCAAGCCUUGAAAACUCUUUCUGAUUUGGUCACUACGACAAACACUUAUAUCACAAACAGUGGUAAAGAUUUGAAGAUUGAGCCAGUUAUCAGCAUUUGCAAAUACAUUACUAAAAUUUUAGACAUUGUUGGUUUUCCUGGUCGCCCUGAUGGCCUGGGUUGGGUUGCACAAGCAUCCUCGGUAUCUAGUGGUAGUGAAUCUGCUAACCAAAUUUCAGGGUCAAUUGAAGAGAUUGCCAUGCCAUAUGUUAAAUGUUUGUCUACGUUCCGUGAUAGUGUACGUUCGAUGGCCAUUGCUAAGGCACAACCGCAAGAAUUUUUAAAGUUAACAGAUACUGUUAGAGACAACGACCUGUUGAACUUAAAUGUCUCUUUAGAUGAUAGGAAUGGCCAAUCUGCUUUGGUAAAGUUCUUAACGCAACAUGAAAAGGAUGAAAUUAUUAAAUUAAAUGCAGAAAAGAAGCAAAGGGAAGAGGAAAAGUUAAAGAAGAAACUUGAACAACAGAAAAUAAAAGAAGCUAAGGAAAAAGAAAGACAAGAAAAGGCAAAGGUAUCACCCUUAGAAAUGUUCAAAGACACCACUCUGUAUAGUGCUUGGGAUGAACAAGGUCUACCAACCAAGGACAAGGAUGGUAAUGAUAUCACCAAAAGUAUGACUAAAAAACUAAAGAAACAGUGGGAACAACAGAAGAAACUUUAUGAAGAAUUUAACGGUCCAUUGAGUAGCUGA